AUGAGUCACUCAACCAAGAAAAACCGCGCGUGGUGGCCGGAACGUGUGGGAUCUACAGGCCGAAUAUCAGACUGGCAGCCCUUCCAUCUCGGCGGCCUCGAGCCAGGCGCCGGCGGCGACGCCGGCGGCGGCGCGGGCGGGGCGCCGGCGGACGGCCUUUGGUUCGACCCCGAGGCGGAGCAGCUGCCCCGCGGGGCGCGCGUGAGCGGCGAGCCUGUCCUCAGCUUCCAGGGCGCGGGGGUCCUUGUCAAGGUGGUGGGGGCGGAGGCCAGCGCGGCGCAGGCGCUCGCAUGGCUGCAGGCAGAUCCUUUGUUCGACGGCGUGCUGUCCCUUGAUUUGGAAUGGUACGCGAUGCACAUGACCGGCGGCGGCAGCGGCGGCGGCGGCGGCAGGGGCGGCGGCGGCGAAAAGGCCCGCGGUGCGCGUGGGCGGGGCGGGCGCGCCGUGCCGGAGGUGAAGAGGAGGACCGGCAGGGUGGCGCUGAUGCAGCUCGCGUCCCCCAGCCGCUGCGUGCUGUUCCACAUCUCACAAAUGGGCUACGAGCUGCCGUCGGCUCUGCGGGACUUCCUGAUUGACCCGCGGUGGCUGAUCCUUGUUCAGGACUGGGGAGGGUCCGACGAGAAGCGCUUCGUGCGCUCCUUUGGCUUCUCCGGUAAAACGUCCAUCCCAAACCUCGUGGAUGCGCAGGACGUGGCGAGAGGGAUGGGGUAUCUCAGGGUGGGCGUGAGGGCCAUGACCCACUCGUGGCUGGACCCCAGCUACACCAAGAGCCGCAACGUGUCGCGGUCAGAUUGGGAGGUGGAGAGCCUCACACAGCGGCAAGUCAGGUAUGCCGCCUUAGACGCGCUCAACAUUGGGUGGAUCUACCGCGCGCUCUACCGCGCCCAUCUGGCGGCGCUCGCUUCGCCGCAGGACGCGGCCCCACCCCCUGCCACCGCCGGCACGUCCCCUGCCGCUGCCUGCUGCGCGGCAUGCGGGCAGCCGUUCGGCGCGGGGAAGAGGGCGGGAGGCCUGCUGUAUGCUUGCGAGGAGCCCGGCUGCAAGGAGGCCGGCGUCUCGAUGGGGGGCAGGGCGUACAUGCAGCACUGCGCUUCCACGGGCCACCCGUGCACGGCGUGCGAGGAGGAGUGCGAGGCGUGCGGGCGCAUGAUGAUGCUUCGGGGCGCGGAGGCGGCGCGGCGGUAUGCGGCGUUCCUGAGGAGCUGGAUACGGCGGCAGGAGGAGCUGUUGGCAGCAGCGGGCGGCGGCGGCGGCAGCCGCGCGGGAGCGUCAGGUGAGUCGGCGUCAGGAGAGUCAACGGCGGGCGCCAGCAUCGACCAGGAGCAGUGA